AGACUCAAACCUCUUCAAAUGGCCAUGCCUCAGCCAAAUAUAAUAGAAAACCCUAUAAAACUUACCAAAUUCAGGAAUAUUAAUGUUCCUCAAAAAGGAAAUAGGUUAUCUUUUUGGGCUUUUGUAUUUUCAAUUAUCAUGUAUGUUUCCAUCUUUUAUAUCUUCAACCUCUCCCCAUAUACUCUUGUUAGCACCACCAACUUCUGGUUCUUCAUCUCCAACACCCUCAUUCUCAUCAUUGCCGCUGAUUUUAAUUUUGGCUCUUUCUCUUCUUCAUCUAGUGAUCAAGACUAUUCAUUUCAAGAAUACUUGAUAUAUUGUCAAGAAAAGAGUACUAUUUGUACUUCAUCAUUUAAAUAUUCUCCGUAUACUAUUGAAAAAAAGGAGAUUAUUACUCCUCAUGAAGAGGUCAUUAUGACAAAAGAAGAAGAAGAAGAAAUAAAAGAUGUGGUUCACUUGGAAAAUAACAAACAAGAAGAAGAAAUAAUCAACGUUAUUGACCAUAAAUAUGAAGUUGAUCAUAAAAAAGAUGAGAAGAAGAAGAAAAGUGGUGAAGCCAAAUGUACUCGGAGUAACUCAGACUUAAAAGCAAUAAUAAAUGUGGAGACAAAUGAGAAUGAGAACAAGGUAAAUGGGAUUCAAAGGUCAAAAUCUGAGAGAUAUGAUUUAGUAGUAAAUGGAGAUGAAGAAAUUAAUGAUGAGUUCUCAGAUAUGUCAGUGGAAGAGUUAAAUAGGAGAGUGGAGGAGUUUAUUCAAAGAUUUAAUAGGCAGAUUAGACUUCAAGCUAUUGCUAGAAACCGCCAAACUUAGGCGAAAUCUAUAAGUAUUACUCCUAUAUAUAUAGCUGUCUCUCCAUAGCUAUUACUAGGUUUUUGUUUGGUUGUCUUGUGUUCCGUUUUGUUUUUCUUAAUAAUGAGUGUAUGUAAAGGCUUUAGACUUAAAAGUUUUUCCUCCACUUAUGGAGGAUGCAGUUCUUAAUUAGGUGAUCCCAAUAUAUAUUUACGAGGCCGAGCAUAGUAGAUAGGUAAAAACUCACUAAAAGCUAAUUACCAACUAUUAAAUG